AUGAGGCUCUUGCACUUGAUCAUGUUGGCUGCGCUAAUCGGCUUGAGCCAUCAGGGUUCCUGGCAGGAUCUUGUCCACCUCUCCGAAGAAGAGGCUAGAGCGUUCUUGGAAGGCGAAUAUUGGCAAAGCGUACAGGAAGCGAAUGGAGCUGCGGGGCUACCACCGCAUAUUGCACCAGGCCAUCCGGCCCAUCCAGACAACUUUCAUUGGCAGAGCAUUGCUGCCAGCUCUUCGGGCUCAUCCACGGACGUUUCAUUGGCACCUGUUCCGUCUGAGGCUCACAAGCCACGUCAGGACUACCUUGGCGAUGCGCGUACCUUUUACGUCGUCGAAAGCGGAGACCGAGGACCGACUGGCAGUUCAAGGUUCGCAGACACCGAGCGGUGGGCAGGCUCCCAAGCAGCUCUGGAACCCUCAAGCAGGCGGCCACGGAAGCAGCAACUUUCACCGGGCUCCAACGAAGCCGCGCAUCCACCUGCUCGCGACGCCCCCUCCGUGCCAUCCACAGCCAGCCUCAUCGCCGCCCCACUAACAAUUCCGCAGAGGGAACACAUCCUUCGGCAAGCCGUAGCACGGCUACCUCCUGCCUCCCAGGCUGACACCAUUCUGCAGCCUCUGACCGACUUCAAACUACCCGAGAGGCUGCUGCAAGAGUUCAGUCGUUCGCAGACCUUCUUCCGCGAGUUUGCGCCGGGCUUCCUGUUCCAGGCGCGAGGCCGCGCGCUGCCACCGUGGCGAGGCGAGGGAGGGAUGGUGCUGGAGGGCAAUUCCAGGAAGCAGCUCUUUGUGUAUCGGUACGAGAGACUUCCGGCAUCUCCCGAAGCAAGGACCAGAUUCCAGUUUGUCGGCAUGCUCCAGCUGGCCCAUGAGGCCAACGCAGAGACCCAGGCGUUUGGCGUGUUCCGCUCGACUCGGAGUAUGAUCAGCGACGUUCGGGACGACUCGUUUGUCAAUGAGAACGAUCUGGUCUCUAGCAGUAGAGGCGUUGUGAGGCAAUCGUAG